AUGUGCUCUCCUUAUGCUCCUACUGCGUUCUCUCCGGGCACUCCGUCCUCUGGCCUUGCCUCGGCGUCUUCAUUCUCUUCGGCCGCGUCUUGUCCCUCGGGUGGAUCUCCUUCGCCUGCCUUGUGUUCCACGCUCCUGUUUCGGUCCUUUCCUCGUUUUUCCGGCCGUUUCUCGAGGAGCCGACUUGGUAGCGAGCAGAAGAAGCGAAAAACCGAGGAGCACGACGGCGCGACCGAUUUUGACAGUGGCCCACUCUCAAGCGGAUCUAUCUUUACGGUCAUUGUUGGCUCGCUGCUCCUCUUUGAUAUCCUGAGGAGUGAUCUGUACGAACACCGGAAGCUUCUCGGGGCGUUUUUGCUGACUAACGCGGCUGUCUUCACAGGCUGGCGUGCCGCCACCGCCGCAGGGAGCGAACUUUGGCAGACUUUCUUCAUGCGCAAUUUCGUUCUCUGCCGUGAAACCCUCACCGGCGCGCGCCUGCACACUUUCCUCACUUCAUGUUUAAGCCACAAGAACACAAGUCACUUGAUUUUCAAUCUGUUCGUGAUCAACCAGCUCUUUCGCCUCCUUUCCGUCGACCUGUCGGACGGUGACUUCCUCUCUCUCUUUGGACUCGCCGCCCUAUGUGGAGGCUUCGGCCACCUUCUCGUGUCGAGCCGGCCAGUUCUCGGCGCCUCUGCUUUCGCCUACGCCCUUCUUUGGACUGAGGCAACUCUCCACUCACGAGAGAUGUUCCGAAUUCUUCCGAUUCCGUUUUUCCCAGUCACCGCACUGCAGCUUGUGCAAGUCGCGAUGUGCAUCGAGGCGGGGAUGGCGUUCCUCGCCCGACGGGUGAUGCUGGCGCGUUUCCCCUCUUCCCCGCUUCUUCGCUUCGCUCAAGGCAUCUCGUGGUCGGGGCACCUUGGCGGCCUGGCUGCCGGCUGUCUGUACAGCUGGUAUAAACGGCGAGUCGAAGGCGACCGGUCGUGGCAGGGGUUCUGGGGACUCUGUAGGACGUACGGAAAGUCGGACUGGCGUUUCACGUGGCAAGAUCUGAAGACGUCCACAACGAUCUUUCUCCUCGAGUGUAAAAUCUUGUUGGCGACGUCGGACAUGGAACGCACCGUCAUCAUCCGACACCUCGACAAGUUGCGGCUGCAGAAGGAGCUACGGCGUCAGGCGAUCGCGCGCGGCGGGAUUUGCCCAUGA